AUGCUAUCCUCACUAUCCUCCGGUGCCACAAAUGUCCGACAGACAAUAGGACAGGUGCUGAACUUUGCACUCGUUCUAUCAACAGCUUUCAUGCUCUGGAAGGGUCUUUCUAUCUUUUCGGCAAGCAGCAGCCCAAUCGUUGUUGUUCUUUCCGGCUCGAUGGAACCUGCUUUCCAACGCGGAGACUUACUUUUCCUUUGGAAUCGCAGUCCUAGAGCAGAGGUUGGCGAGGUGGUAGUGUAUAAUGUGCGAGGAAAGGAUAUCCCCAUCGUGCACCGUGUUGUCCGGACAUUUCCCGAAGUUGACGCCAAGAAUAAAGUCAAAGAAAUCACAGUUGAUAUGACGCCCAGUACCCACAUGCUGCUAACCAAGGGUGAUAACAAUCUUGCCGAUGACACUGAACUUUAUGCGAAAGGCCAGGAUCACCUUGACCGAGAGGCCGAUAUUGUUGGAUCUGUUCGGGGAUAUAUCCCCAUGGUCGGCUAUGUGACCAUCAUGCUAUCUGAGCACCCCUGGCUAAAGACCGUUCUGUUAGGUCUGAUGGGACUGAUGGUUAUGUUGCAGCGGGAAUAA